AAGGAUACUGAGGAGGGAAAAAUUGUGUACCACGUCUAAAAGUCCACGUCCAGCCCUGACUUCGCUGGAUGCUAUGCUUUUCCAAUGGAGGCAGCCCAAGGAGAACUGACAAGUUCAUGCAGUUCUAAAGCCAUGGCUCAUGUAUCCUUGGCAUUCAGGGAUGUGGCCAUAGACCUUUCCCAAGAGGAGUGGGAAUGCCUGGACCCUGCACAGAGGGACUUAUACAAGGAUGUGAUGUUGGAGAACUAUAACAACCUGAUCUCACUGGGAUAUACCAUUCCUAAGCCAGAUGUGAUUACCUUAUUGGAGCAAGACAAAGAGCCCUGGGUGGUAAUGAGGGAAGGGACAAGGAGUUGGUACACAGAUUUGGAGUGCAAGUAUGCCACCAAGAAUUUAUUUCCGGAAAAGGAUGUUUAUGAAAUACAUUUAUCUCAACUGCAGACAGCAGAAAAAUGUAACACCUACAUCCAUGAGGACACCAUUUUCAGAAAUGAUUUGCAAUACAAACAUGAAUUUGAGAGACAAGAGGAAAAUCAGAUGAGAUGUGUUAGUCAAAUGAUAAUUCAAGAACCAGUAUCUCUUCCACUACAUGAGGAAAUUCAUACUAGCGAGAAAUUAUAUGAUUGUAAGGAAUGUAGGAAGGCCUUUAGACAACAGUCAUACCUUAUUCAACAUCUGAGAAUUCAUACUGGUGAGAGACCCUAUAAAUGUGUGGAAUGUGGAAAGGCCUUUUAUCGGGUGGGGGAUCUCAGAGUACAUCAGACGAUCCAUGCUGGGGAAAGACCUUAUGAAUGUAAAGAAUGUGGGAAGGCCUUCAGACUUCAUUAUCACCUUACUGAACAUCAGAGAAUACAUUCUGGUGUAAAACCCUAUGAGUGUAAGGAAUGUGGAAAAACCUUUAGCCGAGUUAGAGACCUUAGAGUACAUCAGACAAUUCAUGCAGGGGAGAGACCUUUUGAAUGUAAAGAAUGUGGGAAGGCCUUUAGACUUCAUUAUCAGCUUACUGAACAUCUAAGAAUUCAUACUGGUGAGAGGCCUUAUGAAUGCAAGGUUUGUGGAAAGACCUUUAGGGUGCAACGACAUAUUAGUCAACAUCAGAGAAUUCAUACUGGUGUAAAACCCUAUAAAUGUAAUGAAUGUGGAAAGUCCUUUAGUCAUGGCUCAUACCUUCUUCAACAUCAGAAAAUUCAUGCUGGUGAUAAACCCUAUGAAUGUAAAGAAUGCGGUAAGUCCUUUAGUUUUCAUGCAGAACUUAUUCGACAUCAUAGAAUUCAUACUGGUGAGAAACCCUAUGAAUGUAAAGAAUGUGGAAAGGCCUUUCGCCUUCAAACAGAACUUACUAGGCAUCAUAGAACUCACACUGGUGAGAAACCCUAUGAAUGUAAAGAAUGUGGGAAGGCUUUUAUUUGUGGAUAUCACCUUACUUUGCAUCUAAGAACUCAUACCGGUGAGAUUCCCUACGAAUGUAAGGAAUGUGGAAAAACCUUCAGUAGUCGUUAUCAUCUUACUCAACACUACAGAAUCCAUACUGGUGAGAAACCCCACACAUGCCAUGAAUGUGGGAAAGCCUUUCGUCUCCAAGCAGAACUCACCCGACAUCACAGAAUUCAUACUUGUGAGAAACCCUACGAAUGUAAGGAAUGUGGAAAGACUUUUAUUCGUAGCAACCAACUUAUUUCACAUCAGCGAAUUCACACCAAUGAGAAUACCUAUGAAUGUAAAGAAUGUGGGAAGAUUUUUAGUCGGCGCUAUAAUCUUACUCAACAUUAUAAAAUUCACACUGGUGAAAAGCCCUAUAAAUGUAAAGAAUGUGGAAAGGCCUUUCGUUUUCAAACAGAACUUACUCAGCAUCACAGAAUUCAUACUGGUGAUAAACCCUAUCAAUGUAAGGAAUGUGGGAAAGCCUUUAUUCGUAGCAAUCAUCUUACUCAACAUCACAGAAUUCAUACUGGCGAGAAACCCUAUGAAUGUAAGGAAUGUGGGAAGACCUUUAGUCGUCACUAUCAUCUUACUCAACAUCACAGAAUCCAUACUGGUGAGAAACCCUAUGUAUGUAAUGAAUGUGGGAAUGCUUUUAUUUGUAGUUAUCAACUGACCUUACAUCAAAGAAUUCACACUGGUGAGAUUCCUUACAAAUGUAAGGAAUGUGGAAAGACUUUUAGUCGUCGGUAUCAUCUUACUCAACAUUUUAGGCUCCAUACUGGUGAGAAACCUUAUGGGUGUAAAGAAUGUGGGAAUACCUUUCGUCUUCAAGCAGAACUUACUCGUCAUCACACAGUUCAUACUGGUGAGAAACCCUAUAAAUGUCAAGAAUGUGGGAAGGCCUUCAGUGUUAAUUCAGAACUUACUCGGCAUCACAGAAUUCAUACUGGUGAAAAACCCUAUAAGUGUAAAGAAUGUGGGAAAGCCUUUAUUCGUAGUGAUCAACUUACUUUACAUCAGAGAAAUCAUAUUAAUGAGGAAACCCUAUGCAUAAUGUAAAAGAAUACAAUGGCUUUUUGAAAUGCCUUUUAUAAUAACAGAGAAUUCAUAAUUUAAAACAAUUUUUAUUUGUUAGGGAACAUGUGCAAAUCCCUUUUGCUUCAUUCUCACAGUUCAACAGAAAUGGCAUUACAUCUUAAUUCAAAGAAUUGAAAAAGUGUAGCAUCACUCAAUAGUGGUUAAACUUUAGCAGUUGAUACUGGUGCAGUGCAUGUCAAACCAUCAAGGACUUUUUUCUUCUGCAAACUGGUGUUAAACAUUGCUUCUGUAAAAUGCAGUAAUAUUGGAUUACCACAAAAAUGAAAUGGAAGGAAAAACAGACACACAAAAGCCCUAGUUGAAUUUAACUGAAGUAAAUUAGCUUUCUCAAAUCACUGUAAAAGUUUCAUAAUACUUUGCUUUCAUUGUCUGUACCUUAACUCCUUGCUGUCCAAAGCAAACAAUUUGUGGACCAGUGUCAGCACAUGGACCACACUUUAUACAGCACUGUAACAGAAAAAAAUGAUUCUAUUAAUAUAAUGAGUGUGGGAGAGACUAGAGCCAUGACAUAUCCAUUUUUUUUUAA